AUGGAUUGCCUGCGUUCCCGGAUGUCUGAGAAAAGCGCCGUGGAUCUCGAGGUGCCACUUGUGCUUCGUCUGCCUCGCAAGAGCUUGCUUGCGGGUGCGGUGCUGCAGCACGCGCUUGCUGUCGUGGGUACUUAUCUGGCAAGGUACGAACCCAUGAUCUAUAAAUUCGGCUGGACUCACGAUCCUUUCUGGAGGUGGUCGAAUGAUUUGUACGGGUACCAACGUGAUGUGGACUCCUGGUCAGAAAUGGUUAUCCUGCACGUGUCGCAUGAGGCUUUUGGUCCUGCCAUGUUAGAAGCCUCGCUCAUCAAUCAGUUUCAGGGUAUCUCGACAAAACUGCCUGGCUGCCGAAAUGUUCGCCAGGGCGGUGACACGAUCACGGAAGGUGCAACCUCGGAGGCUUCAUGCUCCGCGGCGGUGCGGGUGGCCCGGAACGUGGUUCGGGACAUUGGAGUGGAAUCAGCUGCUAAGAGUCCAGGGCUGCUGAAAGUAGCAAGAUGUAGUGAAAGCAAUGCUGAAAGAGAUACACACCGAGUACUGGUCAAGCAGUGUAAGCUCGGCCUUCCUAUUCCUUUGAGACGACUGGGACGUGGCGAGCUGGAUUACACAGUGCUCCGUUUGCGCGAUUGGUUCCAGUGGCUUGUGAACUCCAAUUGCAUUCACACCUUGACAGGGCUCACAGCUCCUGACCACACCAGAGAGCGUUGUAUCUUGAAAGAAUUUUGGUCCCGAUACAGGAGCUCCAACGGGGACCACCCCGUCUUCCGUUUGGCAGCACAAGGAAGGCUGAAGCUCGAGUCGACUGUUCCGCUCCUGUAUCACGGGGAUGAGGGGCGAGGAAGGAGACGAAUGCCCUUUUUGGUUACUUCGUGGUUCUCUAUGAUAGGCCGGGGUGCGAGACCUGCAGAUCGUCGAGCAAGAGCAACAAAUGUGCGCAAGCCUUACGUGAAGCUUCGCCCCAACUUCAAGGGCCACAGCUUUGUCACCCGGUACCUUCAAGCUGCGAUGCCCAAGAAGGCCUAUCAGAAUGAGACCGUGUUUCAAGCCAUCCUGAAGCAGUGCCGCGCCGAGAGCAACUUCCUUACUUACCAUGGUGUAAGCCACGAGCGCACAGGCGAGAAGUUGUGGGGAGUGGUUCUUGCAGUCACAGGUGACUGGGCUUGGCUGGUGAAGAGCGGGGGUUUGCGGCGGAAUUUCAACCACGCCGUUAAAUCGGUGAAAGAUGUUGCGCAACCGGAGGGUAUUUGCCACUUAUGCGCCGCAGGGAUGAAAGAUCAUCCAUUUGAGCAUCUGACUCACAGCCCUAGCUGGCUGAGCACGUUCUGCCAGAUUGAUCCUUUUCUGGACCAAUCGCCUUUGAAAGGUUUGCUGCACGCAGAUGGCAGAGCAGCCACCCUGUUCCAGUUCGAUGUGUGGCACACAUGCCACCUGGGCGUCUGCCGAACCUUUGCCGGUUCAGUUCUCGCUUUGCUCAGCGAGACGUUUCCUGGUCGAUCAAAGGACUCCAGAUUCGAGGCCCUUUCGGAGGCUUACAUGGCAUGGUGUGCGCGCACCAAACACCAAGCCCUUUUGACCAAACUGACGAAAGACACGAUAGGCUGGGACAGCAACAACCAGUUCCCAUGCGGGAACUGGUACAAAGGCUCAUUGUCAAGGACAAUGUGCGACUUCAUCGAGGACAUGACAGCGGGACAGGAGUUCGAGGAUGACAUGCUUAGGUUGUCUGGUGUGGCCGUGCGUGCUUUGAACAACUUUCUCCGAGGUUUGUACGAGGCGGACAUUUUCCUGGACCGUCACACUGCUUCGACCUUGGGUGAGCAUGGGCUUGCGUUUCUGGACCUUUAUAGCCAGCUGGCGUCCUUGGCUGUGCAGCGCCAGCGCUGUUUAUUCGUUCUCAUACCGAAGCUGCACAGCCUGCACCACCAAACCCUGCAGGACUUGGUCUUGGCUUCCCGAUUUUCGGACUUCGUAGUCAGUCCGUUGUGUUACUCAGUUCAAAUGUCAGAGGACUUCAUCGGAAGGCACAGUCGCACCUCGCGAAGGGUCCACCCGGCCCUAUGUACACGACGCUGUACAGAAAGGUUUCUGCAAUUAGCCUACACGAAAUAUGUGGAGGCGGGGUAUUUGCUGCCUGCGCAGCAAGACUAG